CACUUUAUAAUAAACACAAACCACAUAUAUCAUAUAUUCUAUCAAAGACUCUCUAAAGUCUUUCUUCUCAAAAAUAAUAAUAUUAGACCAUGUUUGCCUCUUCCACUUUCCAAGAAACAACAAAUGUCAUUUCUCAUCAACAUUAUCAAACUAUAAACCCUAAUUCUUUUGCUUUUCAUGAUCCUAUCAUCAACAUGAAUCAAGAUUAUGGCCAUAACAAUAGUAAUAAUAAUAAGUAUCAAGAUUAUGACACUUCAUUUCUUGAUUUGUUAGUUGAUGGUGAUCAAGAAUAUUAUUCCAAUUACUCAAAUAAUAGCUACAAUAAUGCUUCAAUUUUUUCAGAAAAUCCCUUCAUGAAACAAGAGAUAAGUACUAGUACCUAUAGUACUAGUGGAAACUCAUCAUCAGCUAGUUCAUUUGAUGCCACACCAACACAUGUUCACAUGAAUCAUGAAAAUUCAAGCAUGGGGAUUGAGAAAGAAAAGAAAGGUGAAAAACAUGCAAUUGCUUUUAGAACAAAGACACAACUUGAGACCUUGGAUGAUGGAUACAAAUGGAGGAAAUAUGGGAAAAAGAAAGUGAAAACCAACAUAUAUCUAAGGAAUUACUACAAGUGUUCAAGUGGAGAUUGCAAAGUAAAGAAAAAGGUAGAAAGAGAUGGAAAUGAUUCAAGAUAUUUGAUGACUACAUAUGAAGGAAAACACAAUCAUGAAAGUCCCUUUAUCAUUUACUGCAAUGAAAAGCCAGCAAACAACUUUUUGAAUGAAUCAUCUUCUUCCUAUUGAUCUUCUUGAGGAGAAUAAUCAAGACUUUUAUUAAUUUUAUAAGAAAUAUUGUUUGUUGUUCUAUUUAUGUACAAUUAUUUAUAUUUAUAGGAAGAAAAUAUAAGUAUUUUUUAAUCACUCACUUGUGGUACAUAAUCAUGUGUAAUAUAGAGAUAUUAUUAUGUUGUUA